AUGGAGCCUCGAGCCCGCGCAGGCCGGCACAAAGGCAAUCUGAACUUCGGUCCUGAACUGUCGGCGCUGCUGUAUGCGUACGGCGCACCUACACACCCUGACAUUCUGAAACCGCUCGGCCCUUCGUCACGACAAUACCUCUCGGCGCCUCCAACUCCCAACACCACCAAUCCGCCCACAUCAUUCAGCCAGCCCUUCCCCGAGACUUUGCGAGUGCUGGACGAGAUCCUGACCGACUUCAUCAUCGAGACGUGCCACAAUGCCGUCAGCGUCGCCACGUACAGCGGACGCGCAAAACUCAAGCUGUCGGACUUUGAAUUCGUGCUACGUCGCGAUAGCAUCAAGCUCGGCCGUGUGCAAGAGAUGUUCAAGAAGAAGCGCGACAUAGACAACAAGAAGAAACUGUUCGACACGAACGAAGGCCGUGAGGGCACCAAAUUGGCUGUCGGCGAUCUCGUCAAUCUCGGCGAGGUCGUCGGUGAAGAGGGAACCGGUAAAGGAAAAGGCAGAGGCAGAGGCAGGAGGAAGAAGAGGGAUAGGGACGACGCCGGUGAUGUCGCGGGCCCCGGUCAAGCCGGUGGAGAGAAUGGCGCGGAUGAUGAUUUGGAUGAGAGGGCGAGCAAGAGACCCAGGAGCGAAGUCGGUUGA